GGCCAAGUUAGCUCUUCUCGAGCAAUAGUACUUAAUCUCCUCGGCACCACCACUCCUAGCUAACUAUGUCAAGGGAUCCACUUGUUGUAGGCAAUGUAGUUGGAGAUAUAUUGGACCCAUUUAUUAAGUCAGCAUCACUCAAAAUAUUAUACAACAAUAGGGAGCUGACUAAUGGGUCUGACCUCAAGCCUUCACAAGUAGCCAGUGAGCCAAGGGUUGAGAUUGCUGGGCGUGAUAUGAGAAAUCUUUAUACUCUGGUGAUGGUGGAUCCUGACUCACCAAGUCCAAGCAAUCCAACCAAAAGAGAGUACCUUCACUGGUUGGUGACAGACAUUCCAGAAUCAACAGAUGCAAGCUUUGGAAAUGAGAUAGUUAGUUACGAAAGCCCGAAGCCAACAGCAGGAAUACACCGCUUUGCCUUCGUGAUUUUCCGCCAAUCUGUCCGGCAGACUAUUUAUGCACCAGGAUGGAGACCAAAUUUUAACUCAAGGGACUUUUCAGCACUUUACAGUCUAGGCCCACCCGUGGCUGCAGUGUUCUUCAACUGCCAAAGGGAGACUGGGUGUGGUGGAAGACGAUACAUUAGAUGACAACUGGAAUAACUGCAUUCCUACAGUCCUCUGCAAAAAAAAAAAGAGAGAGUAAAUUGAUGAUGCAUAAGGCCAGCAGCUCCAGACAGGCAUUGUGUACUCUGCAAUGUAAUGUAGUUUAAUUUCUAGAUUACUUCAUCGCAUGUACAGGCACUGACUAUGGUGUCCCAGAAAAAGCAUGUAACAAAUGUCAGCCACUGCUCCAUCUCUUCUUCUUUCAUGUGGAAAGUAGAAGGUUGAUGUAAAAUAGGGCAAUGUGAGCAACUACCCCUCAUGUUUCUUAUAAUAUCACUAGGUUCGACACCGAUA